AUGAGCUGCGAAAGUCUGCUUGGGCAACCUGGCUGUAUCCUAGCCCUCGUGCUUCCUUCGGGUGGCAUGGCAACUAGGCACCGGAAGGGUGCUACAACUGAACGCUUUCUUUUUUUACAAGAUAUGCAACUGCUGUCCGUUUGGCUACAUGCGUGCCUCAUAUUACCUCUCACACAAAGCGCCUAA